GCGGCUCGGUGGGAGAAUUGAUGCUGCCGACAAUUCUUAUGAGGCCAGACAUCCGAUUAUACUUCCAACCAGCAAAGUCGCAGAAUGGACCAUCUAUGCAGAACAUUCGAAUCUUUUACACGCUGGAAUCCAACACACACCUUUCUCCUUGAAACAAAAGUACUGGAUCCUUGGAGGUCGCCAAUUGGUCAGCAAACUUCUCGCGCAAUGUGUCAUCUGCAUCAAAGCUAAACCGAAAGUUUCGGAGCAACUGAUGGGAUCGCUGCCUCAAUGCAGAGUGACUUUGGAUUAUCCAUUUAAGCACACUGGCGUUGAUUUUACGGGGCACGUUAUGAUCAAAAGGACUCCGCGAGGUGUUGGACUAAAGGCCUAUGUGUGUAUAUUUGUGUGCAUGGCGAGUAAGGCAGUUCAUCUCGAAGUCGUCACAACACUUUCUUCGCAAGGAUUUUUGAGUGCCUUUCGACGAUUUAUUGCACGAAGAACCACGCCAGCCCAUAUGUACAGCGAUAAUGGUACCAACUUCGUUGGGGGAGCAAAGGAAUUGCAGCGAUUGUUCUCAGAUCACAAUGUUCAGAAGGAGGUGGUCGAUUUUUCAUCACCAAUGAAUAUUACAUGGCAUUUCAAUCCGCCCUCUGCCCCACACCAUGGAGGUCUGUGGGAGGCAGAAGUAAAGAGUUUCAAGCAUCAUUUCAAGAGAGUGAUCGGCUCAACUGUUCUGACUUAUGAAGAACUCAACACGGUGGUCGUCCAGAUUGAAGCAACACUGAAUAGUCGACCUCUUGUGGCUGUCCAAGACAAGCCCGGAGACAUUCAUUGUCUCACUCCUGGAGAUUUUCUUCAUCCAAAGGCACCCACACAACUUCCGGUUGCACAGGAUAUGCCCAAUAGUGUUGGCUACGUUCGUCGUUGGCACCUGUGCACCAAACUCAGAGAUGAUCUUCUACGUCGUUGGAAAUCGGAGUACCUUCACACUUUGCAACAGCGCCAUCGAUGGAACCUGCAACAUCCGGACAUCUCACCGAAGGAUGUCGUUUUGUUGAAGCAGGAAGCUAUGGGGAAUGUCGACUGGCCAAUGGGAAUUGUGGAGGAGGUAUAUCCAGCCAAAGGUGAUGGACACGUCAGAGUAGCACAGGUGUGGGUGAAGGGUAAGUCCAUUUUGAGACCGAUCACAAAACUUGUUAAACUCCCCAUUUAUCAAAAGGUAGAAUAGUUAUAUAUUAUAUAUUCCCCGUUUGAAUUAUCAUUAUUUGAAUUAUCACAUGAAAAUAUUGUAAAAUUGAAUUGUUAGUUAAACGCCCCUUGAAAGAAGGGGGAGGUUGUUAAGAAAAUCUUUAAGUUGUUAAGUUGUUAAGGAAUUUCGUUAUAUUAAGCUUCAAAUUCAAAUCUCAAGAGAGAGCAAUUAAUGGAUAAAAGAUUCUUUCAUGGGGCUCGGUCGCGCUGAGAUUCGCCACCCAAGAGACAAUGGGGCGCGCUUAUCAACUAGCAGUUAGUCGUGAACAAUACAUGAAGAGAAAAAGUGUGCCAAAAAUUGUAUUAAAGAAAUUCAUUAAAUUUGCACAAGUUAUUUCGAUUAAAUAUUGUGUUUUAUUAAAAGUUAAAUUGGAAUUUCCUGCACCGGAAGAAAAGGACAAAAUUUUUGAUCCUUCAAAUCACCAGAUAAAUUUUCUAAUAAUUCUGUGUGUCUAAUUAAAGGUACGCGGUACGCAAGCCGGCCCAAAGGACCAAGCUCAUAAUUCAUAUUUCAUUUUCUCAUAUCUCCCACAAGGGCUAAUCAAUUUUUAUUCCCGUGUCAUUGAAGGUAAAAUUCCAAACAAUAGGAAUUAUGAAUGAAAGAAUUAUUAAUAAUUAUUCAGUUUAUAUAAAAAUCAAUUAUUUAUUCAAAAUAU